AUGGUGUGUUGGAACUGCGAGAAGCCUGGGCAUAUGAAAAGCGAAUGCCGGGCACCAAGGAAGGACAAAGAAGGCCGGACAGCCAAUGCCGCGACGGAGGACACGGCGGAUGCACUCUUGUUGAGUGUGAGAAGCUCGCUCGAUGACUGGAUCGUGGACUCAGGGGCCUCAUUUCACUCUUGCAGUAGCAGAGACAUCAUGGAGCCAUACACCGCAGGUGAUUUUGGCGUGGUAUAUCUUGCAGACAAUAAAUCCCUAAAAAUUGUAGGAAAGGGAGAUGUGCAAAUCAAUCGCUUGGGCCACAUGAGCGAGAAAGGAAUGAAGGUACUAAAGUCGAGAGAACUUUUGCCCGAGUUGGAGUCAGUGGACGUGGGUCUCUGCGAGCAAUGCGUGCUUGGAAAGCAGAAGCGAGUGAGCUUCAUAACCACCGGGAGAGCUCCAAAGACAGAAAAACUGGAGCUCGUGCACACUGACUUAUGGGGGCCAGCACCGGUGACAUCUCUUGGAGGAUCGAUGUACUACAUGACGUUCGUCGAUGACUACACAAGAAAGGUAUGGGUGUACUUUCUUAAAAGAAAAUCCGAAGCCUUUGAUACUUUCAGGAGAUGGAGAGCACUCGUGGAGAAAGAGACAGGUCUGGAAGUGAAAUGUCUCAGAUCCGAUAACGGUGGCGAGUACAACAGUGAAGCCAUCAAGGAAUAUUGCGCUGAUCAUGGGAUCCGGAUGCAGAAGACGAUCCCAGGGACACCUCAGCAAAAUGGCAUUGCGGAGAGGAUGAACAGGACACUGAAUGAGCGUGCGAGAUGCAUGCGAUUGAAGAGUGGACUGCCCAAGAUAAUCAUGAGACCAGCAGAUUCAGUGGGAGCUCAGAUAGAUGAGAUCGAGCGUACAGAAGAAGAGGUAGAACAAGAAUCGGAUGAACCGAUUGCUGAGAGCAGCACGCCUCUGGCACUGGGCCGAGAACCGAGGAUGAGAAGGGCCCCGGAUAGGUACAGAGGUCACAAGUUCAAUAAACAUCUCGUGCUCCAAUCGCCAGAUUCGUCCAAAUCCCCGUCGACGCUGAUAAUUGUAAGAUCUACGACCAAGUGUAAAUCAAGAUUCGAUAGGACAAUGUCGAGGGAGGCGACCUAUUUUGAUCCAGGCCAUCUCGUCGGCACCGUUGCCAGAUCUACAACCUCGUCUGCGACCUCUACUACCCCCAACAACGACAACUUUAAGCCCAACUGA